ACGGCAGCUUCUACUGCCUUCUAGCUGAUCAUGGACUUCAUAGAUCCCAUCCUGUCCAUUGCCUCACAGAUUUACACCCUGGUUGAGAAUGUGCAGGCCAACAAGAAGCGCUGCCGCCGUGUUUCUGACAGAGUCAGGGCCCUGGAGGAGCUGGUGAAGUCCAUCGAAAAGAGGAAGACAGUUGAGACCUCUGGCAAUGUAACAAAAGCCCUCAAAGAACUGUACCACACUCUGGAAGCAGCACAGAAGCUUGUCAAGAAAUACACCUUGGCCACUUGGGUGAAGCGCAUCCUGAAGUCCAGCAGCCACGAAGACGAGUUCAACAUUGUGAACGAACGGCUCAACAAUGCCUUUCAGGUGCUGUCUGGAGCUCUGCAGCUGGAGCAGGGGAAUGUGCUGUGCAAGGUGUUUGCUCUGGCCUCCAGAGAGGAGGAGGACAAGAUGGACGGGAAGGAGGACGACGCAGAGCUGGGGAAAUUGCUCCUGGAGCACAUAAAGGACCAGGAGGAGAAAACAAAAGCCAUGCAGAGAACGUUCGAUGAGCUCAAAACCAGUGUGGAAAUGGUCAUAGAGAAAUUGAAUAAACCCAGCAUCACUAGUGAGGGCAUUCGAAUGAUCAAACUAGAGGAACUGAAGAACAGAAGGCCCUUUAUGAAGACACCAACUUCAGAGGUCUUCAAAGGGCAGUAUCAUGGGUUUACAGUGGCCAUCAAGAGAUACACGGGCCUUGUCAACACCAGUCCAAGGGAGGUGCGAAACAUUUUCACAAAGGAAGUUGAAACCAUGAAGCGGUUUGAGUCGCCCAACAUCCUGCGAAUGUUUGGCAUCUGUAUCCAGGAUGAAGACGGACCCAGCCCCGAAUUCCUCAUUAUCAUGGAGUACUGUGAGAAGGGGAGUCUCCGACAGGUUUUGGACUCUGACUGCAAACUGUCCUGGCUCAAGAAAGCUUGUAUGUGUCUGGACGCAGCACAAGGACUCUACCGGUCAGUCAUAUGGUUACUUGACAAAUUUAUAUGUGUAAGAAAUGAUAGAAACAUGGGAAGAAGAGAGGAAAAGCCUCGUUAUACAGGUGUGAUUAAAAAAGUAAAAUGCCAUUUUGAAUGUGACAUUUUAUAGGAUUAUUUGUGCUCAUGUGCCAUUUUCA